AUGAAUCCACUUCGAAUCACCCUGAUCUCGGCACUGUUUGCCAUUUCUUUCGCAUACAGAGGUGGCGGCGGUGGCCGAGGAAUGGGUGGUGGUAUGCCCAUGGGAGGUAUGGGUGGCGGCAUGCCAAUGAUGGGCGGUGGAAUGGGUGGCGGUAUGCCAAUGAUGGGAGGCGGAAUGCCAAUGAUGGGCGGUGGAAUGGGCGGCGGAAAAAUGGGCGGCGGUAUGCCCAUGAUGAUGAUGCCCACUGGUGGCAUGGGCGGCGGCAUGGGUGGCGGCAUACCCAUGGGAGGAAUAGGCAGUGGCAUACCCAUGGGAGGAAUGAUGAUGCCCGGCGGCGGAAUGGGUGGCGGUAUGCCCAUGGGCGGCAUGGGAGCCAUGGGCGGUGGAAUGCCCAUGAUACCAAUGGGUGGAAUGAAUAAAAUGGGCGGCGGCAUGGGAGGUGGUAUGCCCGGUGGAAUGGGUGGCGCUAUGGGCGGUACGUUUAGAACUUGUUUGAGUGUGGACGCGGCGGCAAAAGCGGCCAGGGUGGUGGAAUGGGAGGCGGUGCCAUGGGAGGUGGCAUGCCCAUGA